CAACAACUACGGCAGCCACUACAACAACUGUUGCUCCGACAACAACAACUGCUGCCCCGACAACAACAACAACUGCUCCUCCAACAACAACUACGGCAGCAACUACAACAAUUGUUGCUCCGACAACAACAACUGCUGCCCCAACAACAACAACAAUGGCAGCAACUACAACAACAGUUGCUCCGACAACAACAACUGCUGCCCCAACAACAACAACAAUGGCAGCAACUACAACAACAGUUGCUCCGACAACAACAACUCCUGCCCCGACAACAACAGCUACGGUUGCAACUACAACAACUGCUGCUCCAACAACAACAACUCCUGCCCUGACAACAACAACUACGGCAGCAACUACAACAACUGUUGCUCCCACAUCAACAACAGUUGCUCCGACUACAACAACUCCUGCACUGACAACAUCUACGGCAGCAACUACAACAACUCCUGCCCUGACAACAACAACUGUUUCUCCGACAACAACAACUCCUGCCCCGACAACAACAACUGCGGCAGCAACUACAACCACGGCAGCAACCACAACAACUGUUGCUCCGACAACAACUGCUGCCCCAACAACAACAACAAUGGCUGCAACUACAACAACUGUUGCUCCGACAACAGCAACUCCUGCCACGACAACAACUGUUGCUCCGACAACAACAACUUUUGCUCCGACAACAACAACUGCUGCCCCGACAACAACAACAACUGCUGAUCCAACAACAACUACGGCAGCAACUACAACAACUGUUGCUCCAACAA